UGGCGCGGUGGGUCUCCCUGCUGCCCGGUCCCAUUUGUUGCCGAGUCCAGCUCGGGGCAGCCGCGGCGCGCGGAGCUCCAGAGAGCCCGGCAGGGCAGCCACGCAGCCACGACGGAGCAGCCGCGGGACUGGCCGCCUCGCGCCCCCUUCGCCGCCGUGCCCUUCCCCGGCGCGCUCACUCCCUUCUCGGGAUGGGAUUGUAGCGGCGGCGCGGACUCGGCGGGGAUCGCGGCGGAGGCGGCGGCGGCGGCGGCCGAGCAGGGCUCCAUGUUUUCCCCCGGCCAGGAGGAGCACUGCGCCCCCAAUAAGGAGCCCGUGAAAUACGGGGAGCUGGUGGUACUGGGGUACAAUGGUGCUUUACCUAAUGGAGACAGAGGCCGGAGGAAAAGCAGAUUUGCUCUCUACAAGCGGCCAAAGGCUAACGGAGUCAAACCCAGCACAGUCCAUGUGAUAUCCACUCCACAGGCGUCCAAGGCUAUCAGCUGCAAAGGUCAACACAGUAUAUCGUACACUCUGUCAAGGAAUCAGACUGUGGUGGUUGAGUACACACAUGAUAAAGAUACGGAUAUGUUUCAGGUGGGCAGAUCAACAGAAAGCCCUAUCGACUUCGUCGUUACAGACACAAUUUCUGGCAGUCAGAACAAUGAUGAAGCGCAGAUUACACAGAGCACCAUAUCUAGGUUUGCCUGCAGGAUAGUCUGUGACAGGAACGAACCUUACACAGCACGAAUAUUCGCAGCUGGAUUCGACUCUUCCAAAAACAUAUUUCUUGGAGAAAAGGCAGCAAAGUGGAAAAAUCCUGACGGCCACAUGGAUGGGCUCACAACGAAUGGCGUGCUGGUGAUGCAUCCGAGAGGUGGCUUUACUGAGGAGUCCCAGCCUGGGGUCUGGCGUGAGAUCUCUGUCUGUGGAGACGUGUAUACCUUGAGAGAGACCAGGUCUGCGCAGCAAAGAGGAAAGCUGGUGGAAACUGAGACCAACGUCCUGCAGGAUGGCUCCCUCAUCGACCUGUGCGGGGCCACCCUGCUCUGGAGGACGGCGGAUGGCCUCUUUCACACCCCAACCCAGAAGCACAUCGAAGCGCUGCGGCAGGAGAUCAACGCGGCGCGGCCGCAGUGUCCAGUGGGGCUCAACACCUUAGCCUUCCCCAGCAUCAACAGGAAAGAGGUGGUGGAGGAGAAGCAGCCCUGGGCGUACCUCAGCUGCGGCCACGUGCACGGCUACCACAACUGGGGCCAUCGCAGCGACACGGAGGCCAACGAGCGGGAGUGCCCCAUGUGCAGGACUGUGGGCCCCUACGUGCCGCUCUGGCUCGGCUGCGAGGCGGGUUUUUACGUAGACGCGGGGCCGCCCACUCACGCUUUCACCCCUUGCGGACACGUGUGCUCAGAGAAGUCUGCGAAAUACUGGGCUCAGAUCCCGCUGCCUCACGGAACUCACGCCUUUCAUGCCGCCUGCCCUUUCUGUGCCACGCAGCUGCUUGGGGAGCAGAACUGCAUCAAACUGAUUUUCCAAGGUCCAGUUGAUUGAUGCCCUCAAGAGCCAGCGACGACUUUAUUAACAAGUUACUGUGAAGAUUUUGCCACUCACUCUGGAUUUUACCUUUUUAUAAUGCCGUUUAUUAGGGGGAGGGGGGGGUCCUGAAGCUAGGAAGAAAGAGGGGCACGGUGAUGAAACAUGCCAGGCAUUGACCAUAACCGUGGUGCGUUGCAUGCUCAGAACAGCGGCAUCAUCAUUGAAGUGUGCUUGAUUAAACCGUAAUACCUUUGUAACAAUUGGAUUUAAAAUGCCAUGCUUUCAUUUCGACCUUGGGGUUUCUUUGGUAAACUGAGACAGGAGUUUAAAUCCUAUUUUAAAACUCCAGAAGAAAUGUAUUCAAAAGUUGUUGGCUCUUAAUUCCAACCUUCGGAGCUGCGUGGUGUAGGUUUUAGUCAUGCCCUAUCUGGAAAUACUUAAUACCGGUUAGAAUCUGACUAGAUACCAAAAGAGGGGCUCUGUAAGAUGAUGUUGGGGACAGGAGACCUUAAGUACAGGUGGUUGUUUUGAAAUCUGCGGCUUUUGUUAUUUUUCUUUUGAGGGGAGGGAAUAUGUUGUCAUUUUUUUUUAACUUCAGUGGCAUUUAAUUACUUUAUACACACAUUCAUCAAAUAUCUUGGCAUUUCAAAGAAUUUUCUCUAACUUUUUGGUCUGCCUUUUGUUAUUUUUGAUCUGCCAUGGUCUGUGUCCGUGAUACUCAUCUUGCAUGGGUAGAGCUAUUUGGUUGAUUAAAAUGUAACAACUCUUAUAAAACAUUCAUUAAAUGAGGGUGAUUAUUGCAGCAGGAAACAUGGCCCAGGUUAUCUAAUAUCAGGUUCAUUUGCUUGCUGAAUAAUUGGAGUGAUUAGAAAUAAGGUUUUACUCUUUAAAACCACUUGUUGGGGUUUCCUAAGUUUUUCUUAAGAAAGCCAAAAUUCUGUGAACUUAAAAGCAACAUAACACAGCGAUGCAGUCAGUUUUGUUCACUCCCCUUCUGCCAUCUGUCGCCUUCCACUGCAGCUUACAGAGCCCUGUAAGUUUUGAAAAUGUUUGCAAAUCAAACUAAAUUUAAAUGUAAUCAUUAGAUACACAACACCAAGUGGUACAUCUGCAGAGAGCGUUUGAAAUUCCUGAUUUCAAGAGAGCAAAUGAGUGUUUACUGAGGAAUAAUUAAAUCAGAAUUUCAUAUGAGCUCCACCAGCCCUCUCUGUUAGUUUCAUUUUUGAAUAAUAAUUCUUGGAUGUUCGUUCUCUGUGCUCGGUACCAGUGUAUCACCAUUUCCAUGAUGCAAAGAGCCUUCAGGACAUGCCCCUGCCAGAGCUGGCUGGGAUGAAAGAUUCCUGCCACGCGGAGCAACUAUGUUUAAAUUAACAUCCUCUUAAAUUGACCAUUGCAGAUUCAUGCUGCAUUUUUUUAACCUUUGUAAAGAUAUAUAAUUUAUAUGAUUCUAAUAUACUGUAUUCCUGUUCUAAUUGGAUUAUUCCAUGGUUUGCCUGCUAGCAAAUAUUUUGCCUAUUUUCAUUUGUUCUAACCCAUUUUGAAAGCCCUUUUCCUUAACGUGAUAAGAUCUAUUCAUCUUGAUUGCUGCUGCUUAAGUUGAUUUAAUAUAUAAAAAGUUCAUCCUAUAAGUUUUCAAAUAGCUUUACUUUUUAGUGGAGAUUAUUGUUCAUGAUGAGGUGGUUUUGUUUUGGUAAUUUUUAAGUGCUGUGAAAAUCCAACAACAGUCCUCUUAUUGAUAGCUUACUGUAUUCUGUAUAGCUUGCUCAACCUGCAGAGAAUGAAAGAAAAAAAUGAAAUUGCCCAGAAUAUCAAAUGCCUUUUGACAUACCCAGAGUCUCCCAUGGUUAGCUUUUACAAAUGUGAUCUGUGCCGCUUUAGGCUCCACAAAAUGAUGCAGGAAGCACACAGUCCCUUUUCUUGCCAUAUGAAGAAGGUGAUUUGAGGAGUCUUGAUACCCUAAAUUGCAUCUUGUAAGAUAAAUAGGUAAUAUCUAGCCUUUCUAGAUGCAAGACUAUCAAAAACGUUUUUUUCCCCAAAAAGUUACCAUCUGAUAUAAUUUUCUAUUUCAAGGACUAUAGAAGUUAAAAGUCUAGUACUUCUACAUGCAACCUAUGCCCCAAAAUAGUUAUGUUCCAACUUGAAAGCUUUGACUUUUAGUGAACUCGGGUAAGAAAUUCCAAGCUCUUGGAAGGGGUAACAGUGACCCACCCUCUGUUAGUGCCACAUCUUUUCUUCUGACUUCCAAGUGAGGUUCCCUUUCCCCUGCCUGGGGAACAACAGCCAGGUUGCACCUCUAUAGAAGGAAGCCAGGCUCAUCUUGGCCACUUCCAGUAAGAUCUUCUAACAUUGAUUAAUGAGACUCCCCCUACCCCUGCAUAUUUGAGAGCAAUUUCAUUUGUGAGAAUAAAGAACUCUAGCUCAGAGUAGAGUCAUAUAGUUCAGAAAAGGUAACUUCUCAGAAGUCAUGCCUGUUAUUAUGUCUUACUUGACAUCACAUUCAAGGACAAAUCCCACUUCCCAGGUGUAUACAUAGGAAAUUGCAGACCAAUUAUCCUGAUCUCAGCCUGACCAAAAUGCCUUUUGUGACUACAUUUCCAGAAAAACCCCAGUGAUGUAUUCCCAUAGUUUUCCAACCCCCCCCCCCAAUUGUUUAUGCCAGUUUAUUACCAAAAAAGAAGAAAAAGGAAAAAAAAGUUCAGAGUUAAUGGGAUACAACUCUGAAUAUUUUUCUAGCCUGGAAUUUUUUUUUAUUAUCACUAAUCGGUGCUGCCAGGCCAUGCAUGCUGCAACUCUACAUUUUCCUUAUUUGGUUUCGCUUUUUGCAAGAAGGGCUACAGUUCACAUGGCAGAGUAAGUAUUAUGCUUUCUGUGUUUUUUUUUUUCUAACUGUAGCCCAAAAGAAUUAAAAUUUUUUAAUAUAAAUAGCAUAUUUAUCAUUCCUCGAUAGUUAAUUAUAGAGUUUGGUACCUUUGUGCCUCAGGGAAGCCACGUGACAUAACUGGUUAUAGAAUUUCAGGGUUAGGGUGUAAAGAAAGGAGAAAGCCAUUGGAAAAAUGAUGGGCUCCAUUAAGGAGACUAAUGAAUCUGGAUGCAGAAAUAUGCCAGGAACUGGCAUACACAUGAUUGUAGUAGAAUUUAUUUCCAGGAUCAGUAGGGAAAUUAUUUUUAAGUUAUUACAUCUACUAUAUUAGCUAAAGUUGAGGAGAACGCUUUUCUUCAUAAAGCUUCAGUGCUUUGUUUUUGCUUACAUUAAAAAAGAAAAUUUUUUUCAACCCCUGCUGUUUGGGAGCUCAGUAUUGUUAUUUGGGCACUUUUUGAGAGUUUAAAAAGGAGCAUGUUUUCUCCUCCUUAAUUUAAGUGUAACAUAGGUUACAAAGUUGUUACCUGCAGUUCUAUGAUUUUGAUCAAUGUUCCUUUUUAAAUCCAUUCUGUUCUUUGGAUUGAAAGGAUAUAUGAUCACAACCUUGUUAAUGCUGGCUAAAAAACACUUGUCAGCUUCAUGCAAUCCUGCCUUGUAACAGUGGAAUUUCUGAUAGACAAACAGCAGAAUCUUGAUUUUAAGCUGGAUCCAGCUCUGUUCUUUUGGCUGUAGCUCUUACAUCCCCACAGUUUAGCCUUCAUGGGCAGAGGGUAUGAAGUUCCUCCUUGAGUGCUAGAAGGAGAGCAUGGCUCUGUUAUCAUUUCUUUAUGACCCAGUCAAAGACCAGUAAGACAACUCCAGAACCUUUCUAAAAGAAUGUACGCAUUAUUGAAGCAGUAAAACAGAAGGUUCAGUAUUUCUUUUUAGUAAAACUAAUAUCCUCUCAAGUUUUCACCCUUAUGCAGAAUCCCUAGAGGAAGAUAGGGAAAAGCAAAUAUUUUUCCAGUUCUGCUUAACUAUUUCUCAACAAACAAAAACUCGAUGAAAGGGAAGUUGUUUCUUUUUAGCUGAGAUGACAGAUUGUUUCUCUGUAUUCAAUAGUCUAGAAGCUAAGAGGGUGGUCAUAUUUACCAUGUAUAGUGUUAUGAGCAGUUAAAUUUUAUGGAUAUAUUUGUAAAACUGUUCUUUUAUAUUUCAUGUCAAAUUGAAAAGUUUAUUUCUUCACUAUUGUAUCUGUGGAAAUACAAGCCAUUUUACAGGAAAAAAUCUUCAAAAACUAUUAAAUGGAUCUCAGUAUC